UUUUUAGUCAAAAACUUACUACUUGGGGCUUAUGAGAGCUGAGUUUUUUUCUGCUACAGUGAUUCCUAGACAGCAACUCCUUUUGUUGUUCACUUCAAUCUACAAAAAUUGUUUCCUGUUCGGCAACUAAAAUUCAGCACUCCAGAAUGCACAGCUCAUAAUACUUUGCAAUGCAUCCUUGAACACUCUAUGCCUGAACUGAGCUAUUGCCAUCAAAUUCUUGAUUCAAAAAACCAUGUCGUGUUCCGUCGCGGUAUCAAGGUCCCCGAUCUUCUCUCCUUCCUCGUCUUUCUUCUGUAACAAAACCUCAAUACUUUCUCCGUCAACGGAGGCUCUUAAUUUGACUUUAACCCACCUCAAAUCCACAUCUUCUCCUUCUUCUCCGUCUCCGUCAUCUUCGCCUUCAUCACCGUUUCGUAUAAGGAUUCAAAAAACGUCAUUUGGGUCACUUCUCUCAUCCUCAUCUCCGUCUUCUUUGGGUUCCGGUGCGGGUUUUGGUCCCGAGUCGGUUUUGAAGAGGAAGAGGCCGACUAGACUAGAUAUACCGGUGGCGACUGCGAUGGCCUUUACGGCUCCGUUGAUGGAGAGCCAGGGGUGUAGAGAGAUGGAGAGUGAAGGUGAUGGGUAUUCUGUUUAUUGUAAAAGAGGGAGGAGAGAAGCUGGGUUUCGACGCACCCAGCAAUGCUAGUCGCGCGAACCCAGCUAGCGACGCUGGGUUCUUGUUUUUUCAAUUUUCUUUCUAUUUUCAUUUUCAGUUCUUGAUAAAUUUGAGAGUUGAUUUACAAUUUGAUUGCAUUUUUCUUAGAAUUGGAUUAGAGUUUGAUUGCAUUUUUGUUGGAAUUGGAUUAGAGUUUGAAUGAUAUUGUUUAUUGAAGGGUUAAUUUGAUUUGAUGAGAUCUACUUGCUUGAUGAACUCAGUGGCUUUAAUGAAACCAAUAACUGAGU